UCCCAGAUGAACGAAAACCGAUGGAAGAAUGGAAAUGGAAAAAGGAAAGCAAGUAAUAUUACUGAAAGCAGCAAACCCUUGUACAUGUCUAGGAUGCAUUCGAAAACUACAAAAACUUAAAAAAACUAUUGAAGAUUGUCGAGGAGUUGUUUCCGUGGCAUUAAACGAGGUUAAGAAAGAGUUUACUGUUAUCGGCAAGUUUGAAGAAGAACAAGUACUUAUCAAGCAAUUACGGAAGAAAACAAAAACGGAAUUCUUGAUCAAGGCCAUUAAUAUCGUUGAACCAGAAGAUGAAGAUGAUGAUAAAAAAAUAGGCAAUUCGUCGCCGUCCUCAUCCUCACCGCAUGAACAUGAAGAUCAUAAGACUGGCUUAAAGCAAUUGAAGGCCAUCAAUAUCGUUGAACCAGAAGAUGAAGAUGAUGAUAAAAAAGUAGGCAAUUCGUCGCUGUCCUCAUCCUCAUAGCAUGAACACGAAGAUCAUAAGACCAGCUUAAAGCAAUUGAAGGCUAUUAAUAUCGUUGAACCAGAAAAUGAAGAUGAGAUGAUAAAAGAGUAGGCAAUUCGUCGCCGUCCUCAUCCUCACAGCAUGAACACGAGGGCCUCAUUCCACAUUCUAAAAUAAGUAAUGGUAGAUUCAUAUGGGAAAUAUUGUGGGAGAAAUUUUGGUAGCUUGGUAUCUUGCCAACUACAGUUUGGGAUUUCUUAGGGUUGUCUCAUCUAUUUCCUUCUUCUUGUAAUAUUUUGUUAUAUCAAUAAAAUAUUACUUUCUUUGCUUUUCAAAAAAAAAAAAU